CGUUACGAAUACUAAUUAAAUAUAUAUAUAUAUAUAUAUAUAUAUAUAUAUAUAUGUAUAUUUUUUUUUUCUCCAAGUUUCAAUAAAAUAAAAUAUUAAAUCAAAUCGACGAUGGCGAGAUUAACUCCAAAGAUGUUUUCAUUAUUAAAUGAAGAUCAUAUUUAUAAAUUACAUAAUAAAAAAAUAUUUACAGUACUUGAUUUUGUAUCUGAAGAUUUAGAAAAAUUAAAAAAUAUUACUGAGUUACCUGUUUUAUCUAUUGAAAACAUAAGAAAAGAAAUAGCUGAAAGAUUUAGUGGAAUUGAUAAAGAUCCAUUGAUAUUAUUAGAACAGCAACGACAAUUUAUUUCAACUGGUAUAAAAAAUCUCGAUGAUUUAUUGAGCGGUGGCUUAUAUGCAUGUAGAAUAUAUGAAAUAUGUGGAAAAUCAUCAUCAGGAAAAACACAAUUAUGUAUAACAUUAGCUGCAAAUAUUGCUAUCAAUUCAUCAUCAGAUAUCCAUUACAUUGAUACUAAAAAAGAUUUUUCAGCAACAAGAUUACAAAGCAUUUUGGAAGCAAAAAAAUUAUCUGAUGAGGUAAUUGGCGGUGCAAUGGAGCGAGUAAAAGUAACAAGUUUAAAAAAUAUAACUGAAUUAUUAACAGUCUUGCAUAAUUUUUCAUCAUCAUUUAAAGCAAACAAUGAUAAAGAUAAACCAAAGUUGAUAAUAAUUGAUUCUUUGCCUGUUAUUUUUUCAAUGUUGGAAGAAAAUACUGAAAAUUUUGGUUCAUUAAAUUAUUUAGCAAACGUAUGCCGUAAUUUGGUUACUGAAUGUUGUUUAUCAAUUGUUACUGUUAAUUUAUUACGAGUAUGGCGUGACAACGACGAUUUAAGAGAGCUAAGUGCUGAUGAUCCAAUGGACUUAGUACCUCAUCUUGGUAAAUAUUGGAUCAAUAUUCCUAACACACGAUUAUUUAUUGAUAAACAAGAUAAUGAAACUAGAGAAAUCAAAGUAUUACAAAGCAUUGAUUUAGAAGUUAAUUCUAGUGUUCAAGUCACUGUUGAUGAUACUGGAUUUAUUUGAAUUAUUAUUUCUAUUAAACAAAUAAAUAAUUAA